AUGAGUCCGAAACUGUACGCAAUGUUUCGGUGCAUAAAAGGUGCUAGAUUACUUUUACGACGUCCAUUACUUGUCACAUCCAUACGUCUACAGUCAAAGAAACCAGACUAUCUAUCAAACAUCAAUGAUGAGAAAUUGCGCAAGAUAAUUGAGGGAUCAAAUCUCGGUCAAGAAUCAAAACAAAAAAAGAUUGAAGAGGAACGAAAGAAAUUGGAAAAGGAGAGGGAAGUAUCGAGGAAAUUAAAGGAAAAGGAAAAGGAAGAAGAAGAGAAAAAGACGGAGAAGGAACGUGAAGCAAAACUUGCGAAAGCCAGUAAGGAACACGAAGCCGAUUUUAGUACCACAGAUUCGGGAAAGCUUCGUGGAGUUGACGAAGAAGUGCACAAGAAAACUGUGAAAAAUCAAGACGAGGGUAAUGAGGAGAACCUCAGGGUGGAGAACAAAAUCAUUGCCAGUACUGAAGAUGCAGUUGACGAAUCAGACAUUCCAAAUAUAGCCAAAGAAAUCAAUGAAACUAUUCAAGAAGAAAUCGGGGACUUACCUUCACAAAAAGCAAAGAAACAAAAUCAAAUUACCAAAAGAAUAUCCAGUUAUCUAGAUUCAGCUCAUGACACUAUACUCAAUGUGACUAGAGCAUUGAAUGAUGUCACAGGCUACUCUGCAAUAGAGCGAUUGAAAAAGUCUAUUCAAGAACAAGAGGAGGAUUUGAAUAAAGCCAAAGAGGAAGUGAAGAAAUGCAAACAAGAGUAUGGUGAGGCAAUACAGAGACGGUCACAUUCGCAACGAGAGGUUAACGAACUAUUAACAAGAAAACAUAAUUGGUCACCGCAUGAUUUAGAAAGAUUUACAGAAUUGUAUCGCAACGACCAUCAAAAUGAAAAUUACGAACAAAGUUGCGAAAAGAAGUUGGAAGAGGCUGAACUGAAAGUCGAUGGGAUUCAACUCAAAUUAACGCAACUGAUAUUGACAAGGUACCACGAGGAACAAAUUUGGUCUGACAAAAUUAGAAGGUCUUCCACUUGGGGUACAUGGGUGUUAAUGGGACUAAAUGUUUUGUUGUUUGUAAUAGCUACUUUCUUUGUGGAGCCAUGGAAGAGGGCGAAAUUGGUGAGAGGUUUUGAAGAUAAAGUGAAAAAUGUAUUGGUUGGAAUCAGUCAACAAAAUGAACAAAUUUUGGAGCCUAUAAUAGAGCAACUAGAACAAGAAGAUGGCAAUGUCAGUAAACAAAUUGAAGAGCAAUCAGAUUUAGGUGCCGAUGAGGUGACGGGUGAAUAUGCUAGCGCCGAACCACUAACUCACAUGGAAUUCCUUAAAAAUGGAUGGUCUAGGGUAAAAGAUACAUGCCUACGCAACUACCAAGCUAUCAUGUCGCCUCAGGUGAAGUCACUACAACUAGACAAAUUUGAGUUCGGAGUAUAUACGGUAGUCAUCAGUGUCUUGGCUUGCAGUGUGGGUUCUCUUAUUACGCUUGUUGUAAAUAGAUGA